AUGUUCGAGACGAUCAUGCCAAGAGGGGUUGCUAAGGAAGAGAUGCCUCGAGGCCGUCGCGAGAAGGAGGCCGAGACGAUAGAGGUGCUCAGCUUAGCCAGCCUGGCCCCGCUGCAUCGAUCACGGGCCAUGUGCUGGCCCAGCGAGAGCACCCAGGGAGCUUCCGAAAACAUGGCCGAUGAUGGCAUGCACUCGCUCGGUACCGCCGGGCUGCGUGAGGGCCCGCGAUGGGGGAAGGCUGCUACUUCAGUCACUCCCCCUCCCCCCGGACUGGGCCUGGGGGUAGUGUCGGCUGCACGGUCAGGCGGCGUCCAGCUCCAGGUAUCCUGGCGACUCAGAUCCCUGUUGGUGGAGAAUGGAGGUGGUCGGGCCUCUGCGGUGCCUGGGCCAAGCGUGCGUGACAAAGAAGCACUCACUUGUCCAGGCAAGGCCCUGGGACUUUGGGCGGCUCCAUUGGCAGCACACAAGGCAAUCCCUAGUGCCAGGUGGCCCACUGAGAUGCAGCAACGCUGCAGCAACAAGUCGUCGAGCUCCUCCACGACUGGCGCCCCAGAGCCUGCUAUUCGUCGGCCUUGUGGUGCUGUGGAAGCGGGAGUGCUGGGCCAAGGAACUGUCCACCUGCCCCCCCUCGCCGCCUUCGACCGCUCGCGCUUUUGGGGAUCGGGGCCCCGGCUCCACCUGCGUGCAACCCGGCCAGCACCCGCCAGCACAAACUCUGGAGUGUCACAGUGGGGACUGGCCUCUCAGCUGCACGUCCGCGCGCUGAGUUGGGUGGCGCCCUGGGCCUACCUGGGCUUCACUCUUGUUCGCUUUGCCCACAGCGGCGGCCCGCCCGUCGCCUGGAAACAGAAAUCCGGCGACAUCAAGGACUCAUACAUCGCGGCCAUCGACCGCUCGCCGAUUGAGAUUUCGAGGAGGAACGAUCUGCCUGAGCCAAACGCAAUUAGCAUCCAUCGCAUAAGGACCAUCGCCAACCACCAUCUCCACUUGCUGGGCUAG